AUGGCUGCUUUUUCGUUGCAGGAUAUUUUUAACUCGUUUCUUGGGCUUCCUGUUGAGUUUGAAGUUGAGAUCUCGGGGCAUGUUCCCAGUGCUAGAGUUUUGGUGUUGAUGGGUGGGUUUCUAUUUGUGAAUGUUGAUGAGUUUUGUUUAUGGAUUAAAAAUGAUAUUUCGACGGAUGGAAGAUGGUGCUACAUGAUCUUUUGGGUUAUUCCGCAUCCUGACUCACUCAAAGUUGACUGGGAAAGCUUGAAGACAAGGCUUCUUUCACCUUGUCCUUCAUGUUUGUUUUCUUAUCAUUUCAAACAACAAUCCUCUAAUCCUUCCCCAAAUCAAAUUUACUUGUUGAAGGUUUGGAUUUUUUAUCAUAAAGGAUUAUUAUACGAUAUCAACGAAAUCUUGUGUAACCUCCAACUUACGAUUCAGCGAGUUAAAGUGAUGCCAACUCCUGAUGGAAGGGCCCUAGAUUUGUUCUUUAUCACUGAUGAAAUGGAAUUGUUUCACACGAAAAAGCGGCGAGACGAUGUAUGUGAAUAUCUUAUGGAAGCUUUAGGAGAGAAAUGUAUCUCCAGUGAGCUUCAGUUGGCUGGACCUGAAUAUGAUGGACAUUUGCAGGGGUUUUCUUCUCUUCCACCAGCUUAUUCUGAAGAACUAUUUGGUCCUGAGUUAUCAGACAAGGUGUGGCUGCAUCCUCUCAGUCAAGACAUGACAACACUGAAAAAACCGAGUGUUACUGUGGAUAAUACGUUGAGCCCGGCUCAUACCUUGCUUCAGAUACAGUGUGUUGAUCAAAAGGGCUUGUGUUAUGACAUUAUGAGGAUUUCAAAGGAUUCUGGUAUUAAGGUUGCUUAUGGUAGAUUCACUUCAAGUGUGAAAGGCUUUCAAAAUAUUGACUUAUUUGUUCAACAAAAAGAAGAUGGGCAAAAGAUCAUAGAUCCCGAACGUCAUAAAACUCUAUGUGCUACCUUAAAAGAAGAGAUGCUUCAUCCUUUACGGGUAAUUAUAGUGAACCGUGGUCCUGAUAGAGAACUACUGGUUGCCAAUCCUGUAGAAUUGUCCGGAGGGGGAAGACCUCGUGUUCUCUAUGACGUUACAUUGGCCUUAAAAGCAUUGGGAGUAUUCAUUUUCUCGGCUAAAGUUGUUAGACAUUCGACACAAGAACGCCAGUGGGAAGUCUACAGGUUUUUGUUGGAGGAAAGUCGGGAAUUUUCACUGGACAGCAGUAAAGCAAGAAGUCAGAUUGUGGACAAAGUUAGAAGAACAUUGAUGGGUUGGUAAUUUGGUUCAGUUCAUAUCAAAUAAAAAACACUGUUUGAGUAUUUGUGUUGCUGUCAUUUAAAUUUGGUUUAUGUAUUAGUUAUUUAACUAAUCAUGUAAAUUUGGCACUGUGGUAGCUGAUGGUGUUUCUGACUGAGGAUUGUUCUGAGGAAUUCUGCUAGUACCCUUGUUAUUGCAGACCUACCAGAGAAAUGUUGGUUUUCGAAACUGUUAGUGCUGAGUCGGCUACAAUUAUAUCUCAAGUGUGAUUCUAGGAAAUUCAAACCUAUCCAAUCAACAAAUCCAUAAGCAAUUCCCACAUGAAGCAAUGCUGGAAUAACAGAAAGGUAAACCAGUGGCAUCACUAUAGAUUGUGUCUGUAGAAACCUCAAGAUGUUUUGCAAGAUGCUAUAUGCAGAUUGUGUCUUCUAGGAAAUUGUUAGAUAAUCACUGCAAACGCAGUCCUAUAGUGAAAGAAUUGUUAUACUUUGCAGCAGACUGAGGCCACCUUAAACUGUAGAUAUGUAAUGUUUGAAACUUGUAGUCUUUGUUUCUUGAUGUAAAUUUUCAUGAUUUUGUAUUAAUGUAUAAAUUGGAGAAUCAUGUAUAAAGAUCAAACAAGCAAAUGAAUAAUGUAAUUCAGAUUGAACAA